AAAAUCCUCUUCUUUUCUCUCCUUUAAUUUAUAGCAAAAUGGCCAAUAUUAAGGCUAUGUCAUUGCUUUUGGCUUUCCUCGUUGUUGCUAUGUUUGUCUCUGAGGCUUUUGCUAGGACCAACUACUACGGAAAUAACAGUUUGAAGCUUUCUCAAUGCCCAGGACGUUGUAAGCAAAGGUGCUCAAAGGCUAGAAAAACCGAGGAAUGCAAGUUCUUUUGCAACAAGUGCUGCACAAAAUGCCUUUGCGUUCCACCAGGUACAUUUGCCAACAAAGAGGUCUGCCCUUGCUACAACAACUGGAAGACUAAGUUGGGUGGCCCCAAGUGCCCUUAAUUAGAGGCAAUAUGAAAUUCUAAUAUUACUAGCUAUAU